AUGGCUACAGACCAGACAUUUUCAGGGGGUCAGGAGAAACCCCAAGGCAGCCCCGGGUCGGAGCUGCUGCAGUCUGUACCACCGCCAGGAGCCCUCGCUGGAGGGCAAGACAGCACCUGUGAGACUUGGCACCUGAGCUUCAGGGCAUUUACGAGCUCCGAGGAGUCGGACCCCCUCGACGACCUGGGGAGGCUCUGUGAGCUCUGCUACCUGUGGCUAAGGCCGGACCUUCACACCAAGGAGCAGAUCCUGGACAUGCUGGUGAUGGAGCAGUUUAUGAUCUCCAUGCCUCAGGAGCUUCAGGUCUUAGUCAAGGAAAGUGGUGUGCAGAGCUGCAAAGACUUGCGGGACCUGCUGAGAAGCAACCAGACCCCCAAGAAAUGGACCAUAGUCACCUUACAAGGACAGGAAUUUCUUGUGCAAAGGUCAGAUGCUCAGAUGGCCGAAGCUGAGGUCAGUGACAUGGACCUCGUGACGGACUUGUCCAAGAAGCCCCAAUCCUUUGUGAGUGAGACACAUCCAGAGGACAGCCAGAAAGUCAGCAGACAGCUGCAGAAUCUGCCAGGAGUCAAUGAACCGUCAACGGGGCAGGGACAGAACGUUCUCCUGCCAGAGACCAUUCCUGGGAAAGGUGUACGGGAGGGUCUGAGACCCACGGAGAACUUGAAGAAGAAUCUGAUGGAAGAUCUGGAAGAGACAACGAUACUGACAUCCCAAGAGCCUCAGCUUCUGCAGGGUCCUGGACAGACACCAGCCCUAUGCAGCAUAUGUAAGAAAGGAUUUCGUUAUAAGUCCCAGUUUUACAUUCACUGGAGGACACACACGGGAGAGAGGCCUUUCAAAUGCGAUACCUGUUCUGGGGGUUUCAUGCAGACUUCAGACCUCCGAGUCCACCAGCGAAUCCACACAGGCGAGAAGCCAUACUCCUGUGACCUCUGCCACAAGACAUUCACCCACGACUCCACCCUGCGGAGUCACUGGAGGGUCCACACAAAGGAGAAGCCUUACCCGUGUGAAGACUGCGGGAAGACUUUUAGCCACAAAGGGAACCUCAACGUCCACCGACGCACCCACUCGGGAUUAAAACCCUACACGUGUCACGAGUGUAAAUGUGCCUUUCGUCAGCUGGGAACUUUUAAACGCCACCAAAAAACACAUGCAAAGUGA